AUUGGCACGGAGCUGGAGCACAGCACACUAACACAGUGAGUUCUGUUGAGAUGAACCAGUUAGAUCUGUAGAUUCCUCAGCUCUGGGAAUACUGGGAAUGACGGACAGACACACUGGUCAGAUUCAUGAUGGAUUAAGGAUCUGUAACAUUUAAUAGAAGCCAGGUCAAGAUGUUUGAUGCCGCUCUCCCGAAAUGCUUACAGCUCUGUGUGUGUCUGGCGAUCGUGUCCAAAAUAAACGGCAGGGUCGUGUUUGUGAAAAGCGUGGAGGCGUUGGUGGAUCUGCCCUUCAACCUGAGCUGCACCUUGGUGAAAUCCAGAGGAGAAUCUGUGAAACAGGUUCGCUGGCUGGACAUGCAGAACCAGACGCUCAUCUCAUACACGCCGGGUGAGCCGGAGACUGUGAGCGGGCAGCAUCACGUGGAGCAGGUCAGUGGCCGACCGGAGGCGAGCAACAUCCUCAUCAAGCGUGUUAGCCCUCGAGAUGAAGGCUGCUACACCUGUAUCUUUGACGUGAACCCCACUGGAUCCAAGGAAGGACGGACGUGCCUCACGGUCACUGCCAGAGUGACCCAUGAAGGUAAUAAAACAGUGGUCAGCGGUAAGCAGGGGUCCCUGGCGUGUCACUACGGCCUGCCCGACAAGGUUCAGCAGGUGCUGUGGAAGAAAGUGGUCCAACGUGCCGUAUUUCAGGAGGUGGCAUCGUACGCCAAGCGCAGUGACCCCAUGAUCGAGGAGGAGUUCUCCGACAGAGCGAGUCUCACCCGUUCCCUGUCAGACUCAAAGCUUAGCUUCUGGCCCGUGAGGACAGAGGACGAGGGUUGCUACACCUGCCAGUAUCACAUGUACCCGGAGGGCACCAACAGCGCCACCGCGUGCCUCACUGUGUACGUCCUCCCGAAACCUCAAGUAAGCUACAAAACCACGUCCCCGGGUGUGAUCGAGGCGAACUGCACCGCGGUGUCUCGUCCCAAGGCGGAGAUCGUGUGGAACGUGGAGGGAAAUAAUAGGACGUUUGGGCCACCAGCGACCACGGAGGUACCGCAGAGCGACGGGACGACCAUGGUCAUCAGCACUCUCACCGUACAGUCCAGCUUGCUAAAGGACGUGUCCAUCAAAUGUCUCGUCCACCACAAAGGUCUGGAGUCGGCUAUUGCCGUGUCCAUGAACACCAAGAUUGGAACAGCUCUGGCCAUCUUGAUCUCAGUGACUGCAGUAGCACUUCUGCUGAUCAUCUGCAUGUGUGUUUGCCUGUGGAAGUGUGUUCUGCGUAAUGAGAAGUGACACACCUCACAGUGAUGAGUUCGGAUAUGGACAAGCAAUCCUGUACCCAUAAUUCCUUCGGCUCACCAACCACCGGUUUACAUGUAACCUGGUAGAUUAUAUAGGAGUGACUCCGACCAAACACGGUCCAGAGAUUUUGACCGAGGGGAACACUAUCAGCAUGAAUCUUUACCAACACCUAUUUUUACACUUUCAUCGUCUGCUUUUUUUUUAUGGGUGUCUUUUGUCUUACAGCUUCUGUUUCCAAUUGCAUAGACUACCCAAAAUCCUAUAAGGUGUCAACAUGAGGUGCAGAAUUAAUGUACAUAUGACCUACACAGUUCAGUUAACAGAGUAUAAUAUAAUACAAUACAA